AUGCAGCCGUUUUGCUUCUCCAGCCCAUCGUCGUCACUGCUCCUCCUCGUGCUCCGGCUGUCCACGUCGAGCUUGGCAUGGGCGACCGUCUCCAAAACCAUCACCGUGGAUGAGCAAGGGCGAGGAGAUUUCAGAACGGUGCAGUCGGCGGUGAACUCCGUGCCGGACGGCAACCGCGAGUGGAUCAGGAUUCAUGUCAUGGCAGGGAGCUACUGGGAGAAGGUUGCCAUCCCACCGCGGAAAUGCUACAUCCUGCUGGAGGGGGACGGCGCGUCGACGACGGACAUCAGCUUCGACGCGCACGCGCACGCCGGCAUCGACCAGCUAGUUCCCCGCCACAGCAACGUGAGCGACUCGCCGACGUUCCUCAGCGCCACCUUCACCGUCCUCGCCGACAACUUCGUCGCCCGGAACAUCGCCUUCAAGAACGUGUACAACGCCGUGGACAAGAGCAAUGCGGACCAGGCGGUGGCGGCGCUGGUCGGCGGCGACAAGAGCGCCUUCUAUGGCUGCGCCUUCCACGGAUUCCAGGACACGCUCUGCGACUUCGUCGGGCGGCAUUACUUCCGACGCUGCCUCGUCGAGGGCGGCGUCGACUUCAUCUUCGGCUACGGCCAGUCCAUCUACGAGGGUUGCGUGCUCGCGUCCAACAUGCCGCCGGGGCCGCAGCCUGGGUGGGUGACCGCGCACGCGAGGGUCGACGCCGGCAGCCCCGGCGGGCUGGUGUUCAAGUACGGCGCGGUGCUGGGGACGGGCCGCAUCUACCUCGGCCGCGCCUGGAACAGGUUCGCCACCGUCGUGUUCUACCGGACGCGCAUGGACGACGUCGUCGUGCCGCAGGGGUGGCAGGCCUGGAACGCCGGCCCUGACGAGUCGCAAGUCACGUUUGCAGAAGUUGGCUGCGCGGGGCCAGGAUCCGAGAUGAGCAGAAGAGUGGGCUGGGAGAAGCAUUUGAGUGGCGAGGAGGUGAAGAGAUUUGUGGAUAUCGAGUUCGUCGAUGACGGCUGGCUGUCAAAACAGCCGUAG